AUGGAGAAGAAACCAGGAACCAGUGCAGGCACCAAAAGGAAAUCAGGAAACAGUACAGGCAUAAAGAAAAAAUUGGGAACCAGUACGGACACAAAUAAAAAAUUGGGAACCAGUACAGGCAAGAAGAAGAAAUUAGGAAUCAGUACAGACAGGGAUCAGAAACUGGGAUCCAGUGAAGGCAUGGAGAUGUUCAUCUAUAACAGUAGUAAACAGUCAGGAUCUAAAACUGAUUUAGGCAAAAAAGAGCUUGAUAAUAAAAACACUAAAGAAAGUAACCAUGGUGACAACCCUUUGCAAUCUAAAACAGACACAGAUAGCAAAAGACCUGUACAAACAGACAUUAGUCUAGAUUCUUAUGAAUAUGUGAAAAACAUAAUUGAAAAGUUAAGCCAGGAAAGUAAAUGUGAAGAAUCAGAUCAAAGUACUGCAGGUAGAAAAGGGGCAAAUGAGAAAGGCAAAUUAAAAAAAUACAAGUGUGAAGUGUGUGACAAGGAGUUUAGUAGCUGUGGAAGCAUGAGAAGACACAUGUCAAUACACAGUAAACCAUAUAAGUGUGGAGAAUGCGUUUUGUAG